AUGGUUAAAGUGUUACGAUCUGGAAAACCUCUCCUGAAGUUCCAACGAGGUCUCGAUGCAGCCGUAAUCAAGAUGAUCCCUCUAAGUGACGACUAUUCGAAGUUAGUUCUGUUGCAAGAGGAUCGUUUUCUCGAAAUGCACGCAGCGUUUGGACGAUAUUUUCGUAUGCGCAUGCCUCGAUUUGGUAGAGAUAUGGCUUUUUCGAUUGAACGAAGUGACCUCUUCCUUGUUGGUGCAAGUUCCGAAGUUUAUCGAUUGAAUCUGGAGUUGGGUGAAUGGCUUUCUCCUCUCCAAACAAAUGGAUCGGCUUUGAACUGCUGUCAGUUUGCAGACGCUCAUCAGUUGUUCGUAUGCGGCACCACUGAUGGUCAAGUUGAGGCAUGGGAUCAUCGCGAUAA